AUGAAUCUCCAACCAUCUCAGUCACGGCGUCGUCCACCUAAUGCCUCUCUAUCGCCGGUAAUUAUCCCCAAUGACCUUAUCAUCGAAGUACUCUCAUUACUUACUGUGAAAUCUGUUAUGCGAAUGAGAUGCGUCAGUAAGUUCUGUAACUCCCUCUAUACUAAUCCCAUCUUUGUGAAAUUGCACUUUAACCGAUCUCCACAACAACCUCACCUCGCACUUGUCACUACAAGUCCUCCCGACACUCUCAAACUCGUACCUUUCCCAAUAAGUAAUUUGCUGGAGAACCCUCCGAUCACCCUCACUGAUGACCCAUGCUACGUUAUCGAUAAUUAUUUCUACUCUUUGAAACUUGUCCACCGGGUUAUUGGUUCAUGUAAUGGAUUGAUCUGUAUCCUCAGUUAUUCCGAUAUUAGUUCAUCCUUUUGGUUAAGUUUCUGGAACCCAUCCACAAGAGCAAUGUCUAAACAAUUAGGGUUUAAUUUCGCUCUUUUUAGUGAUAAGUUUAAUGACCCUACCUCUUUCAAAUUCUCAUUCGGUUAUGAUAAUUUAACCAACAGUUAUAAGGUAGUGAUGUUAAAAUUUCAAAGUGACAAGCUAAUGAUAGUUGAGGCUAAUAUUUUCAGUUUGCGCGAGAAUGUUUGGAGAGAAAUUCAAAAUUUCCCUGCAGUUCCUUUUCAGAUGCUCAGAUUUAACCACCAAGUGAACGAAGGUGUGUACUUGAAUGGCACUCUUAAUUGGUUGGCUGUUUUUGAUUUAAAGGGUACUUAUGUUGAAGUGAUUAUUUCGCUUGAUCUAGGAACCAAAACAUACAAAGAUAUACAGCUGCCUCCUAGUUUCGAUGAGAAACCUUAUGUUGACCCCAUUAUUGGUGUAUUGAUGAAUCACAUUUGUUUUUCUUAUCAUUUUAAAAAGACUCAUUUUGUAAUAUGGCGAAUGAUAGAAUUCGGAGUAGAAGAAUCUUGGACUCAGUUUUUUAAAAUUAGCUAUGAAAGUCUUAAUAUCCAUAGUUCUUUUAUGGGCCGCAGAUUUUAUUUGAUGCCAUUGGUGCCAUUGUAUCUUUCGGAAAAUGGUGAAACACUGGUAUUGGUCCACAGCUUAGAAGGUCAAGCAAUUCUCUAUAAUACAAUAGAUAAUACUGCUCAGAGAACUAGAAUUACUAAUAAAAUAUCUUGGUUCUCGAUUAAGAAUUAUGUUGAAAGCUUUCAACAUAAUUCUUAA